UCUCUCGGCAACAUCCAGACGUAAGGGAUUCCGAAUCGAACGGCGGCGACGUCAUUUAGGUCGAGAAUUCUCCGUCGACCACAUGCUCCAUUAUUGAUUGGCGCGAGACCUCAUCCACGGCCCGUUUUUUUCGCGAGCAUGGGCUAAGGAUUGGCAUACGCGUGUCUUAAACGAACUCUUCAGCUCGCGACAUAGUUAUGGCCGGUAAAGCACCCGAACUGAGUCUAAACGGGCACGAACUGGCCCCUUUGAACAACAAAGCGACCGGAAGUGAAACCGCGAGGAAACCGGGCGUGACUAUCGUCCUCCAAGGACCUAGAGGUUCGGUUAUUUCCAGGGGUAGCAACCUCGCCGAUCAGGAUGGAGACAGGGCAGCGUGGUCUGGGAAAAUGCAGUUCUUCCUGUCGAUCAUCGGGUAUUCGGUGGGUCUCGGCAACAUCUGGAGGUUUCCGUAUUUGUGUCAGCAGAACGGCGGAGGUGCUUUUCUCAUCCCAUUCGCGGUAAUGCUCAUAUUGGAAGGGAUACCCUUGUUCCUGAUCGAGCUGGGCAUCGGACAAAAGAUGCGCCAAGGAUCCCUCGGCGUAUGGAACACGAUCCACCCAUGGUUGGGUGGAAUCGGAAUAUCGUCCUGCAUAGUUACAUUUUUUGUAGCUCUUUACUACAAUGUGAUCAUCACUUGGUGCUUCUAUUAUCUGUUUAAUAGCUUUUGGCCGCCACUUCCAUGGGAAAAAUGUCCAAUUGUUAACAACGUUACCGUUCCGGAGUGUGCCAAAUCGUCAGCAACCGCUUACUUUUGGUAUCGAGUCACGCUGGACGCCAGUCCAGCCAUCGACCAACCAGGAGAGCCCAAAUGGUGGAUCACUUUGUGCUUGCUGCUGUCAUGGGUGGUUGUUUUCUUUAUCGUGAUGAAGGGUAUUCAAAGCUCAGGAAAGGUUGUGUAUUUUACCUCGCUGUUCCCGUACGUAGUAUUAACCAUAUUUUUAGUGGAGGGAUUCUUUUUGGAAGGAUCCGGUGAAGGACUUAAGCACAUGUUAAAGCCCAAGGUUCACAUGUUACUAGAGCCCAAGGUGUGGCUGGACGCAGCGACGCAAGUAUUUUAUUCGUUCGGAUUGGCGUUCGGGUCGCUCAUCGCUUUCGGAUCGUACAACACGCCGAAAAACAAUUGCGUGCGUGACGUCAUCUUGGUAUCCGUGUGCAACGCGAUGACCGCGAUCUACGCAAGCGUGGUCAUAUUUUCCAUUCUGGGCUUCAAAGCGUCGACCAGUUACAACAAUUGCUUGAGGAAGAACGACUCAUCUCUAAAUUGUUCCAUGGAGACUGAAUUGAACCAGGCUGCCGAAGGAACCGGAUUGGCCUUCAUAGUGUUCACAGAAGCUAUAGCCAAUCUCCCGGUACCGCCGUUCUGGGCGAUCAUAUUUUUCCUCAUGCUUCUCUCUUUGGGCAUCGGAUCACAGAUCGGGAUCAUCGAGGGCAUGCUCUGCACCGUAUUCGACAUUGAGAUCUUGAAAAGAGUCAGCAAACAAUACAUUACAGCUACCGUAUGCUUCGUAUGUUUCCUCAUCGGUCUUAUAUUCACUACCGGGGCCGGUGAAUACUGGUUGAGCAUGUUCGAUUCUUUCGCCGGCACGAUCGGCUUGGUCGUCGUCGCUCUGAUGGAAAUGAUCGCCGUCAGCUACAUCUACGGCCACGAGAAAUUCACCAAAGACAUCUACGAGAUGACGGGAGUGAGGCCAGGCCCGUACUGGCAAAUCACCUGGAGAUAUCUGGCGCCCGCCAUCAUGGUUAUCAUAUUGGCGUGUUCAAUGACGUCGAUGGUCAUCAAGAGGCCCACCUACGCCGCGUGGAACGCUCAAAAAGGUGUGAUCGAGAAAACCCCAUAUCCAGGCUGGGUUCUCGCUAUAGCUGGCACGAUGAUUCUGAUAAGCAUUCUGCCCAUACCUAUUGUCUGCUUGUUGAGACGAUAUCAGAUCCUCAAGAUGGACAUCAACAUCCACGAAGGAUCCAUACGACGUAUAGACACUACCGUUUCAACGAAAGAGAUGAUCACGGACGUCGACCUUGAAGACGACGAUGACGCAGCCGUGAAUGGUCCACUGGCGAUCUACGACUCAGACUCGGAGUCAGAUGAUCACAGUGAGCCGGACCGCAAACCAAGCAUAGGUCGAAACUUUCGCAUGGAAGUGGUUAAAAACUAAAAUUACAAGAGAUGUCUUACUGUUUUAACGAGUACAAAGUUCUGGCGAGUGUCACGAUUAUAGCCUGAAAGUAUGCAGCCAAACAUUCGCUUUUAAGUAGGGCGGUUGUUUACGAGGCGUGUUUGCUAUCAGUAGCGUAGAACCGAUAAUUUUCAGAUAAUUUGCUAAUGAACGAACGAAUAUAUAGCGAACAAGUUCUCGAACCGGUUUUGCGUUGUUAAUAAUUAAGUUCUAGUCCCCCAAAAUGUGAUACUAGGUAGGCAGAAAAGUUUUAUAUUGUCAGCGUGGGAGUUUGAAUACGCGUGUCUUUCUUGCGCAUGUUUCAAGAACGACUAUAAAAUGGGUGUCGUAGUCAUACGAAUUAUGGAGAUCGGAAUUAAAGCUGUCGUCAAAUCUAUUACAGCUUUCGAAACAAUUAAAACAGUAUUUAAGUAGAUGUUGGUAAAAAUACAGGCGGAUUCAAACCCCGACGCGUAUUAUUAACUGAUAUUCAGACAUUUUCAUGUAAAUUUAUUAACGCAUGAUGUCAUUGUUGACACGACUCGAUCUACCGAAGUGAUAAAUACCUAUUAGGUACGCUGAGAGUAACCGAAAAGAUUACUUGUGUUUAUGUUUUUGUGGUUAAACUUGUUAUCAUACAAACAAAGUCAAAUAUUACGGAAGUUCCAUUCUAAAUAUAAAAUAAUAUAUUUUUUCUAUUUUAUAUUUCGCGGGAAAGUAGACGGAAUUCUGUUGCCGUUGGUGCUUAUUCCAAUCUUCCGCCAGAAUCUAUCGCGGGGGUAUGUAAAGGGCAGAUAACUUCUACAAAAAAUGUCGAUUUUUUUCAAUGCUCGUUUCGUUUAAGCCAAUCAACCAAGUCGAGUCAAUAAGAGCGUUGUGAAUUCACAAGACCGAGAAUGAGUCAAUUUGUUGCAUAAAAUUAAAUUGAUAUGCUAAAAUUAUAGACUACGGACCGAAAUAAAUUUUGAUUAGUAGGGAGUAAGGCCAAAUAUCUACGCUUAAUAUUAGAAAAAACUAAAUUAUUGAAUAACGUUAUCAAGAAACGAAAUUUCUGAAUUAAAAUUUGGAAUCGGUCCAGAUGGCUUGACGAAUAAAUUGAUAUUUCCUUUCCAUUCAGAAAGUAUAAUUUGUAGAAUUCUACCUGUAUCCCAUAAGACAUCUCUUAACAAAGAACAGAACAGGUCUUCUACAGGAAAGUUCAUCGAAUGUCAAUGGUGUCUUUCGUGUGGCGGGUUCAGUGUUGUUAUCGCUUAGUAUUAGUGAUAUUUUGACGUUAGCUAUGUAAAUAGUGUACAUAGGCAAUCUUGUAAGUGUAUAUUUGUGAAGGGAGAAUGUAACCAAAUAGUUUACUACGAAGUAGUUCAGUUAGUUUCAAACCACCCACGGCAAUGCGUAGGAUGCUGGUCACUUGAAAUAUACUUAUAAUGUCACUUUAAAAUAUCCAAUAUACGAGUUACAUAUAGCAAAAGUAGCUAUUGUAAGCUACUUUCAGUUGAAAAACUUCAAAUAUGACGAAGGGUAACACUACAAAUUUAAUUUUGGCACUGUUGUUGUUAAUUUAUAAUUUUAUAUAUUUAUAAUAAUACAUUUAACUAUCAGAAAAGGUGUUAAUGCUAGCCAUAUUCAGUUGGCAUUAGUGUUUGCUUCUUUCAAAAUCACUGAUUCUCGAACAAGCCCGUUGACACACUAGUCACCAAGUCAUAUAUUCAUUUCGACGAUAUUCAUUUUGAACGUUUUUUUGAGAUCGACUCCCAGCAGAGUUUUCGUUUUUGAAGACGGAUUUGUUUUUUUUCAAAACGUUUAUUCGAGAAUGGUUGACAAGACCUUAACAUUGUACGUGUACACAUAUUUAUAUAAAUUUUAUUUCUUACUUAAGGGGUUUAUAACUGCAGUUACAACCAUUUAAUUAUUUGUUGUUUAUUGUUGUUCAAGAUCAAUAAUUUUAUUUUAUGAAAACGAAUGUUAUUGAGAAAUGAUCAUGAGAUCAAUGUAGCGAAAUAUUUUCGGAGCCUAUUCGACCCUUAAAUUUACAGCAAGUAAUAAAUGAACCCACAAAAUUUACACUGACAUCUUGAUGUUAUUAUAACUUCAAAAAUGAAAAAAGUAGAAUAAGGGUUAAUGAAUACAGAUCAUAUAUCUGAUCAUUUACUGGUUUAUUGUAAUAUAGACAAAAAAACUGAAUAUAUAAUAAAAAUCAGGAAUUUUAAGGAUAUCGAUUAAGAACUUUUUAAUAAUUUUUUAUCGAAUUUGCAGUUAGAAUAUCUGAUUUAUUUGAAUGGAAUUAACUCAAAAGACAUCUGACAUUUGAUCAAACUGAAAAGCAAAGCCUGAAACAAAUGGAAGGGGAACAAAAGUGACGUGGACUGGAACUAAUAUUUCCAUAAAUAAUGACUGGACUACAGUAUAAAUAAUAAUUUUUACAAUUUUAAGGUUCUCUGUAAAAAACUUUUCAAUAUAUGCCCAAAAAAAGAUGAAAAUUGUUUCCCUGAAAGCUUAAAUAUACUGAAUAAUAUUUUUUACUUUAAUAAUCAAUAAUAAUUUUAUUUUAUUUAGUUUUUAUGCAGUUGCAGAAGAAAGCGUAAAAAAACAAUUAUAUCAAAUCAAAUCUCAAGCUAAAGGGACCGAUCAAAUAAAUCUGGAUAUGAUGCUAUUAAGCUGUCAUAUAAUUCUCACUUUUAUUACUAAUAUCAUUAAUUCAAUUCCGCUCGAUGGGAAAUUUCCUAGUUUGUGGAAAAUUUUCAUGCCUAAAAAAAAAUCCAGAUCAGCAUAGUGAACUUAGACCUAUUAGCAUAUUACGAGUCAUUUCAAGAGUUGUAGAAACAUUUAAAAGUGUUUAAUAUACUUCCGAGGCAUCAGUCUUGUUUGAGGAUUGGUUACAGUUGUACAAAUGCGAUGAUAUAUUUGGAGCUGCUGUACUUAUGCUGUUGGAUUAUUCGAAAGCUUUUAACAAGUUAAAUUAUGAGUUAUUUUAGCGAUUAUGUAUUUUGUUGGCGGAGAGCGCGAUUGGACUUACUAAAAGCUAUUUGGGAAGUAGUCUUCAAUUUGUACAAACUAGGAAAAGAAAAUAUCAUCUUGUGGGGUACCCCAAGGCUCCAUUUUGGGGCCGCUUCUUUUUGCUAUUUACACUGAUAGCGUCAAUAGUUGUUUACGUUAUAGUACUGUACAUUUAUACGGUUUAUAUCUCCUUUCCACCCAAUGAAACAACAGCAGCCGCCCCAAGGUUUAAAUGAAGAUAUAAAACGGCCAGUCGCAUUUUCGAAUUUUUGUAAAAUAGUGUAACACGUUUUACAUAUUUGGAUAAAAUAGAUAAAGACAGAAUUCAGAGGGUACAAAAAUCUUGUACAUGGUAUACGCAAGAAGAUGCCAACAUCACAUAAGUUAAGGGAAAUUAAAUGUUUUACAGUAUUAUAUAUAAUCAAUGUCCCUCUUAUCUAGUAAAUAAGAUUAAAUACAGAACCAACUUUCAUAAUUUCAAUUUAAGAUUUCAGGGCUACAUCUCGCUUCCUCCACCCUAUACCUCAUUUUAUGAAAGAUCAUUUUCUUAUAACCUUUACAAACUAUACAACAGUGUCCCUAAACAAUUUAAAUGUUUGAAUGUCAAUUCUUCUAAAAUUUGUUAAAAAGCAUUUAAAUCUUUAUGUUCUUUUUUAUUUUCAUUUUCCCUUUCUCUCUAUCACUUGUGGUGUUCGUUCAGAAUCUAACGUUUGUAUCAUAAAGCUUAGCUCUUAUUUGUUGAUUUAUAAUUUUGUCGACAUCUUUUGUCUUUUUUUUUUCGACUCUUUUGGGGCUCAACUUUCACCAGUUUCCCAAAAACAUACUAAGAUAGCUUACGCCUCAUUGAAAGCGUAAUUCACUAAAAAAUUGAAGCUAAACAUAUUUCACUGUCAUUUUCUUUCUGCCGAAGAUUUCUAAAAUGAACUAGAAAAUAAGAAGAACCGGGUGAAAUUAUAUUACCCAAUAGUACCCAAUUUGCUAUCUAAAAUGAAAAUCACUGUUAAUUCUUAGACCAAGAUUUUUGACAAAAUUUGUAAACUGUGAAACUUUGCCACCCACUUGUAUGCUAAGUUCAGACACCAAAAGAUCCCUAUUCUUUCCGAAGAACAUGACAGGUGAUUUGGUUGCAAUAAUUAUCAAUUCAAUAGGUUCUUUUAAAUCUUUAUUAAUUAAUUUUUGUGCCCUAUGCCAGUACCUGAGCAUAAAAGUAAAAAGUCAAUAAAAAACGAUUGAUCUUCGACAUAAAGUAUAUUAGGCAAAAGUUGUUUAGGAUUGUUUAGCCAGUCCAAAAAUUUAAAAAUAUACGGAGUGCUCCAUUUAAAAUA